AUGCUAUCUCUAAAUCCCUUCCUGCUAUCUCUCUCAUUCUCUAAAAUCCCUUCCUGCUAUGUCUCUUUCUCUAAAAGCCCUUUCUGCUAUCUCUCUCUUUCUUUAAAAGCCCUUCAUGUAAUCUCUAUAUGUCCUUCCUGUUAUAUCUCUCAUUCUUUAAAAGCCCUUCCUGCAUCCUCUCUCUCUCUCUCUUUAUCUAAAAGCCCUACCUUCUCUUAUUUAUUUUAUUUCCGUCUUUCUCAUCCAUAUUUCUCACCUUCUCUUUCUCUCUGUUUUAUUUAUGAUCUAGUUUUCUUUCUCUUUUUUUACUUCUUUCUUUAUCUUUUCCACUUUCUGUUUUUCUCCUUUUUUUAUUUCCAUUCUUACUUCUCUUCCUCCCUCGUUUCAUUUCCUCUAUUCUCAUUCAAGUUUCUGUCUUUUUUUUUCUUACUAUCCCUUUUCCUUUCUUUCUUUAGCUUUUUCUUUUCUCUGCAAUUUCCAUUUCUUUCUUUUUCGGUAAACAAGAAUUUAUUCUUUCUUUUUAUUUCUUUCUCAUUUUAUAAUUCUUUUCUUCGAUUCUGUUUUCUCUCUCUCUCUCCCCCUAUUAAUUUCGCUUCAACUCCAUCUCAACUGUUUCAUCUGUUUCUAUUUUCCUCUCUUUAUAUCUCCCUAUAUAUUUCUUUUUUUUUCUCACUCACAUUCACAUAUUCUACAUCAUACGCAGUUCCAAAGCGUUUCUUCUUCUUUACCGUCUUUCUUUUUCCUCUUUCUCUUUUAGUUUUGAGAGGCAUCAUUCGCAGUUCUUUUUCCUCUUUCUCUUUUAGUUUUGAGAGGCAUCAUUCGCAGUUCUUUUUUUCUUUCUCUUUUUUAGUUUUGAGAGGCAUCAUUCGCAGUUCUUUUCCUCUUUCUCUUUUUAGUUUUGAGAGACAUCAUUCGCAGUUCUUUUCCCUUUUUCUUUUUUUAGUUUUGAGAGACAUCAUUCGCAGCAUCAUUCGCAGUUCUUUUCCUCUUUCUCUUUUUAGGUUUGAGAGGCACCAUUCGCAAGUUCUUUUUCCUCUUUCUCUUUUAGUUUUGACAGGCAUCAUUCGCAGUUCUUUUUCCUCUUUCUCUUUUAUUUUGACAGGCAUCAUUCGCAGUUCUUUUUCCUCUUUCUCUUUUAGGUUUGAGAGGCACCAUUCGCAGUUCUUUUUCCUCUUUCUCUUUUUAGGUUUGAGAGGCAUCAUUCGCAGUUCUUUUUCCUCUUUCUCUUUUAUUUUGAGAGACAUCAUUCGCAGUUCUUUUUCCUCUUUCUCUUUUAAGGCAUCAUUCGCAGUUCUUUUUCCUCUUUCUCUUUUAGUUUUGAGAGACAUCAUUCGCAGUUCUUUUUCCUCUUUCUCUUUUAUUUUGAGAGACAUCAUUCGCAGUUCUUUUUCCUCUUUCAUUUUAGUUUUGAGAGGCAUCAUUCGCAGUUCUUUUUCCUCUUUCUCUUUUAUUUUGAGAGACAUCAUUCGCAGUUCUUUUCCUCUUUCUCUUUUAGUUUUGAGAGGCAUCAUUCGCAGUUCUUUUUCCUCUUUCUCUUUUAUUUUGAGAGACAUCAUUCGCAGUUCUUUUUCCUCUUUCUCUUUUAGUUUUGAGAGACAUCAUUCGCAAGACAUCAUUCGCAGUUCCAAAGCAUUUCUUCUUUCUUUCUCCUCUUUCUCUUUUUCAUCAUUCGCAGUAGCAAAGUUUUUCUUCUUUCUUAUCUUCUUUCUUUUUCCUCUUUCAUUUUUCCCAUUAAUCUCUAACCUCUUGAAGACAACUUUGAUUAUCUAUCUAUCUAUCUAUCUAUCUAAGGAUAUUCAUUAUCGAUGUCCACCUCUUCAUAUCUAUCUAUCUAUCUAUCUAUCUAAGGAUGUUCAUUAUCUAUCUAUCUCAACCUGUUCAUAUCUAUCUAUCUAUCUAUCUAUCUAUCUAUCUAUCUAUCUAUCUAUCUAUCUAUCUCAGGAUGUUCAUUAUCUAUCUAUCUAUCUAUCUAUCUAUCUAUCUAUCUAUCAUAUCUAUCUAUCUAUCUUCUAUCUAUCUAUCUAUCUAAGGAUGUUCAUUAUCUAUCUAUCUAUCUAUCUAUCUAUCUAUCUAUGUUCAUUAUCUCUAUCUAUCUAUCUAUCUAUCUAUCUAUCUAUCUAUCUAAGGAUGUUUUAUCUAUCUAUCUAUCUAUCUAUCUAUCUAUCUAUCUAUCUAUCUAAGGAUGUUCAUUAUCUAUCUAUCUAUCUAUCUAUCUAUCUAUCUAUCUAUCUAUCUAAGGAUGUUCAUUAUCUAUCUAUCUAUCUAUCUAUCUAUCUAUCUAUCUAUCUAUCUAUCUAUUAUCUAUCUAUCUUAUCUAUCUAUCUAUCUAUCUAUCUAUAUGAUGUUCAUUAUCUAUCUAUCUAUCUAUCUAUCUAUCUAAGGAUCAUUUCAUUAUCUAUCUAUCUAUCUAUCUAUCUAUCUAUCUAUGUUCAUUAUCUUCUAUCUAUCUAUCUAUCUAUCUAUCUAAGGAUGUUCAUUAUCUAUCUAUCUAUCUAUCUAUCUAAGGAUGUUCAUUAUCUAUCUAUCUAUCUAUCUAUCUAUCUAUCUAAGGAUGUUCAUUAUCUAUCUAUCUAUCUAUCUAUCUAUCUAUCUAAGGAUGUUCAUUAUCUAUCUAUCUAUCUAUCUAUCUAUCUAAGGAUGUUCAUUAUCUAUCUAUCAACCUGUUCAUAUCUAUCUAUUUAUCUUUUUUCUUUCCUUCAUACAUCAAUUAAUAUGAUUACAAAUAAUGUCUUACGAAUAUCUUUUUUAUUUCACCAUCAUCGAUUAUUUUCUUUCUUUUUUCAAUUUCAUUCCUUAUUUCUUAACUCUUCUUUCAUUCAUUAA